AUGGCAAGCCCUCUGUCGCCGCUUGGCUCACAGCAGAUCAACUCUCGUACACCUGCAACGCUCGUGCGCGAAGACAAAAUGAAGACCAACGGUAUUGCUGGUACUCCUUGCAGAACAUCGACGCCAGCCAAACAAACAAACGAAGAAAGCGUCAUCAACUGGGACGACGAAGAAGCUGGAAGUUCACCUUUCGUCGCUGAAGCCGAGAGUCGCAUGGCCAGCAACAAAUUCGACCAAGCGCAGAUCGAUCCCGAAGUCGAUGCCAUUUUCGAAGACCCAUCAGACCCAUCCGAGACUCAGUUCUUCGAGACCAACGACAACAAGGCUUCACUCUUGAAACGCUCUACUAUCCUCGACAAGGAGAACGCUUUCGAUCCUGACUUCGAGCUCGAAGACGUCCAGGCAAACGCCGAGAAGAUGCACAAGACACCCGAGAGGGCCUCUACACCCGAACCCACGAGGAAAUCCAUGUCGCCCUUGAAAGCCAGAUCGACUGUCAAGAAGAGACGUAGCAGUACCUUUGAAGAAGACACGGUCACAAUGCCACCGCCCUCGACAAGAAAGACAUUGCGCUUCAACUCUCCCAUCAAGAGCAAGUCGCCUGUGAAGCAGCUCGACUUUGCUUCAGAGACACCUCUCCCUCGCAGUCGCGAAGCAUCCGUCGAGAAAGUCGACGAGAACAUCGAUGACUCGAUCAUGAUCCACGACGUUGACGAAACUGGCGUCGACGAUACCUGCUUCAGCACUUUCUCGGCCGUCCCAGACAUGACCAUGUUCGCCAAAUUGGGUGAUCGCAAGAGCCCUCUCAAGCAGUCCAUCCAACAGACACCACAAAGCGAGCAAGCAACACCGAAACCUGCUCGAAGACGUGCUUCCGACGAGCGAUCUCCCUCUCCUACCCCCCGCCGACCCAGAACUCCUGGCACCGCUCAAUCGAACACAACCAACCUCAUUGAUUUCACCCAGCAGAUCGAACGCUUUGCGCAUGCUUCAGGUCGCCCCGAUGUCCAACAGACUCCAUCUCGGCGUUCACCACAGAAGUCCUCCACAGAGCCCAACUUACUCUCAUACCUCAACCAACAACGCUCACCGAACAAGGGCGCCAGGAUGAGCACCCCGGCAAAGUCUACCAGUCUGCUUAACCUGCUCGACUUUGAGCUACCACCUGCACCGACUCCUCGCUCUAUCCCUACAAUCACCGUGCGCGAACUCGAAUCCAUGAAGUCGCAAUAUCAAUCGCAAAUCUCGUCUCUCAAGGCUACCCUCUCUGGUAGAGAAGCCGAAGUCGACUCCUUGAAGAAGGCUGUAGGAGAUGCUGAGAGACGCGUCGGGGAGGCCCUCGAGAACCUGCGUGAAGAGAAGGGCCAGCGUGAGCAGAUUGAACACGAGAAGAAUCAAUGGGAACAACGUGGAGUCGAGUUCGAACAACUACUCCAGAAUGUGCGAGAGGAGGUCAUGCGCAGCGACGAGGAGAAGGAGUCCUUGAUCCGUCGUGCAGAAGAGAGCGCCCGUCAGACCGAGAAGCAACAGAGUCGUGCAGACGAGGCAGAGUCCAAAGUUCUCGAUCUCGAAGCUCAACUCGCAACCGCCCGUGCCGCUAUCCCUAAGAACGAUGGAUCAGGCAACAUGAUUGACGAAGCACAAAUCCAGACUUUGGUCCAGCAACAGAUCGACGCGAAGGUCGAAGCAGUGUCCCGCGAGCUCCACGCUGUCUACAAGAAGAAGCACGAGACCAAGGUCGCGACACUCAAGAAGUCCUACGAAGCACGCGGCGAGAAGAAAUGUGCCGAACUUCAAGCACGCCUUGAUGAGUUGGCCAAACAGAAUGAAGAGCUGUCUUCUGCUGUAAACAACAAUGUCGAGUCAUCCAUGAUGUUCACAGCUGAAGACCGCAGAGUCAUGGAAGAAGCAAACUCGACCAUCGAGGAACAACGCGCCCAGCUCGCAGGCCUCGAUCGCCAACUCCAAGUCAUGCGUGACGAACAAGCAGACUUGAUCCAUGAACUUGAGAAGGAGCGUGUCGAGAAGGGAGAAUUGGUUGCUGCUGUGGAUGAAAUGCUCAUGCUGCAACAUUCUGCUCCCGAGGGCAACACUGCAGCCAUCGAAGACUUCAGACGCAGUAUCAGUCGCCCUGCGCCUCCACCACAUGCCAGUAUUCCUACUUUCAGAGAACCUCCUGCUGCUGCACCUGCUCCUGUUCAGAGCAGGAUCGGUAGAGGUAUGCCCAGACCCUCAGGUAUAUCCAAGAGCAAGAUGAUGAGCAAUAUUGAACGUAUGGGUGGCGCUCCUAAGCAUUGA